AUGAGAACGCCGAUAUUCACCAAGGAUAACAAGGAGACCAACCAGGAGCCCUUCGACCUAGAGCAGGCCGAGCUCAAGUUCCCGCUCAAGUACGAGGAGAGCAUGAACACCGUGCUCAAGCAGGAGCUGAUCCGCUUCAAUGGCCUGACGGCGGUGAUCCGGUCCACGCUGAUCAACGUGCAGAAGGCCGUCAAAGGCCUGGUGGUCAUGUCGUCAGAGCUGGAGGAGGUCUUCAACUCCAUGUCGGUGGGCAAGGUGCCGGCGCUCUGGGGCAGCAAGUCCUACCCCAGCCUCAAGCCCCUAGGCGGCUACUUUACCGAUCUUGUCACCAGGCUGAAGGUGCUGCAGGACUGGAUCGACAACGACACUCCCUCCGUGUUCUGGCUGUCCGGCUUCUUCUUCAUCCACUCCUUCCUCACGGGCAUCCUGCAGAACUACGCGCGCAAGAAGCACAUCUCUAUUGACCAGCUGGGCUUCAGAUAUGUGGUAACCCAGCACGAGGCGGACGCGCCGGAGAAGCCCGAGGACGGAGAGCUGGUCAAGGGCCUGUUCCUGGAGGGCGCGCGCUGGGACCGCAAGGCCGGGCGACUGGCCGAGUCGCUGCCGAAGAUCCUGUUCGACACGCUGCCCAUCAUCUGGCUGCAGCCCGGCAUCAAGUCGGAGUUCAGCACCGCCGGCCUGUACGCCUGUCCGCUGUACAACACGUCGGCGCGGCGCGGCACGCUCUCCACCACGGGCCACUCCACCAACUUCGUGUUCUUCAUCACGCUGCCGUCGGCGGCGCCGCCCGCCCACUGGAUCAACAGAGGGGUGGCCGCCAUCUGUCAGCUGACGACUAGCGCCGGACGCUGCCGUCGGCGGCUCGUCCGACGCGUGCUCCGUGGACGAACCCUGAACGUUCCUGACAAUUUGAGCCUGGUUCUCGUCGAGUUCGACAUUCUCCGCGGCUCAGACCUGGCUGAUGGCUCUGGCUCGCGCCAGGCGGAAUACACGUGCAACCCGGACUUUGAUCCGACCGUCAUCCGAAACGUGUCGACGGCGUGCGAGGGCCUCUGCCGCUGGGUGCGCGCCAUGGAGGUGUACGACAGGGUGGCCAAGAUCGUGGCGCCCAAGAAGGCCAAGCUGGCCGAGGCUGAGGGGGAGCUGGCCGCGCAGAUGGACAAGCUCAACGAGAAACGCCGACAGCUGCAGCAGGUCACGGACAAGCUGCAGGCCCUGAACGACGAGUUCGCGGCCAUGACGAAGAAGAAGCGAGACCUGGAGGACAACAUUGAGCUCUGCUCACAGAAACUCGACAGGGCCGAGAAAUUGAUAGGCGGUCUGGGCGGCGAGAAGUCGCGCUGGAGCGAGGCGGCGGAGACGCUGACGGGCCGCUACGACAACAUCAUGGGUGACGUGCUGCUCUCGGCCGGCGUGGUGGCCUACCUCGGUCCGUUCACAGUUGACUACCGGCAGGAGGCGGUCGACGACUGGGCGGCGCGAUGCGCCGAGGCCAGCAUCCCGUGCUCUGCUCAGUUCUCGCUGAUCGCAACGCUGGGCGAGCCGGUGCGCAUCCGCGCCUGGCAGAUCGCCGGCCUGCCCGUCGACGCCUUCUCCAUCGACAACGGCAUCAUCGUCGGCAACGCCAGGCGCUGGCCGCUCAUGAUCGACCCCCAGGGCCAGGCCAGCAAGUGGGUGAAGAACAUGGAGCGUGACAACGGCCUGACCGUGGUGAAGCUGACCGACCCCAACUACGCGCGCACGCUGGAGAACUCGCUGCAGUUCGGCAAGCCGAUGCUGAUCGAGAACGUGUACGAGGAGCUGGACCCCAUGCUGGAGCCCGUGCUGCAGAAGCUGACGUACAAGCAGGCCGGCGUCGACUACAUCAAGCUGGGGGAGAGCGUGCUGGAGUACUCGCCCGACUUCCGGCUGUACAUCACGACACGGCUGCGGAACCCACACUACCUCCCGGAGAUAGCUGUCAAGGUGACGCUGCUGAACUUCAUGAUCACGCCGCUGGGGCUGGAGGACCAGCUGCUCGGCAUCGUGGCAGCCAAGGAGAAGCCGGACCUGGAGCAGAAGAAGAACGAGCUGAUUGUAGAGGGCGCCAACAACCAGCGGCUGCUGAAGGAGAUCGAGGAUCAGAUCCUGGAGGUGCUCAGCUCGUCCAAGGGCAACAUCCUCGAGGACGAGACGGCCAUCCAGAUCCUCUCCUCGUCGAAGGUGCUGUCGGAGGAGAUCACGGCGAAGCAGGCGGUGGCCGCCGCAACGGAGAAGGAGAUCGACGAAGCGCGCGUGGGCUACCGGCCGGUGGCCGUACACUCGAGCACGCUGUUCUUCUGCAUCUCCGAGCUGGCCAACAUCGACCCCAUGUACCAGUACUCGCUCACCUGGUACAUCGGCCUCUACCUACAUUCGAUCCAGAGCAGUCCGAAGUCGCCGGAGCUGAAGACGAGGAUCCUGGCGCUCAACGACUUCUUCACGCGUAGCAUCUACCGCAACGUCUGCCGCUCCCUCUUCGAGAAGGACAAGCUGCUCUUCUCCUGCUUGCUCUGCGUCGGCAUCAUGAAGGGUCGGGGGGAGCUCAAUGGCGAGCAGUGGCGGUUUUUCCUGACCGGCGGUAUCGCGCUCGACAACCCGUACCCGAACCCGGCCUCCGGCUGGCUGACCGACAAGGCCUGGGCCGAGAUUGUACGGCUGUCCAGUCUUGAGGGCUUCAGCAAGCUGUACCGGGACGUGGCGCGCACGCCGCCCGCCUGGAAGGCCAUCUACGACUCGUCGGCGCCGCAGGAGGCGCGCUACCCGGGCGCCUGGGACGAGAAGACGGGCCUGGCGCGCAUGCUGCUGCUCCGGAGCAUGCGGCCGGACAAGCUGAUCCCGGCCGUCCAGCAAUUCAUCGUGGACAACCUGGGCGCCUACUACAUCGAGCCGCCGACGUUCGACCUGCCCGGCUCGUACGGCGACUCGUCGUGCAUCACGCCGCUCAUCUUCUUCGCCGAAGACGAGGGCCAGGCCGGCCACGUGCAGACCAUCUCGCUGGGCCAGGGACAGGGGCCGAUCGCAGCGCAGAUGAUCGAAACGGCGCUGGUGGAGGGCGGCUGGGUGGUGCUGCAGAACUGCCACCUGGCCACCAGCUGGAUGCCGCAGCUGGAGAUGAUCUGCGAGAACCAGAUCGUGCCCGAGAAGACGCACCAACGCUUCCGGCUCUGGCUCACCAGCUACCCCAGCGGCGACUUCCCCGUCUCCGUCCUGCAGAACGGUGUGAAGAUGACGAACGAGCCGCCGAAGGGCCUGCGCGCCAACCUGCUGCGCUCCUACCUCAACGACCCCAUCUCCAGUCCGGACUUCUUCGGCGGCUGCAAGCAGCCUCAGGCCUGGCACCGGCUGCUGUUCGGGCUGUGCUUCUUCCACGGCCUGGUGCAGGAGCGGCGUCAAUUCGGGGCCCUCGGCUGGAACAUCCCCUACGAGUUCAACGAGUCGGACCUCAGCAUCAGCAUGACACAAUUGCAGAUGUUCCUGAACGAGUACGAGCACAUCCCGCUGGCGGCGCUGACCUACCUGACUGGAGAGUGUAACUACGGCGGCCGCGUCACCGACGACAAAGACCGCCGCCUGCUGCUCAGCCUGCUGGCGCUCUCAUACAACGACAACAUCAUCAACAGGGCCGGGUACGAGUUCAGUCCGUCGGGCGUGUACUAUGUACCGGACGUGGAGGAGCACGGCGAGUACGUGGAGUACCUGCGCUCGCUGCCCAUGCUGGCGCACCCGGAGGUGUUCGGGCUGCAUGAGAACGCCGAUAUCACCAAGGAUAACAAGGAGACCAACCAGCUGCUGCUGGGCCUGCUGAAGACGCAGCCGCAGCAGGCGGCCACCGGCGGCGGCGGCGGCUCCUCAGCCGGCGCCGUCACAGAGCUGGCGGCCGACCUGCUGUCCCGGCUGCAGGAGCCCUUCGACCUGGAGCAGGCCGAGCUCAAGUUCCCGCUCAAGUACGAGGAGAGCAUGAACACCGUGCUCAAGCAGGAGCUGAUCCGCUUCAACGGCCUGACGGCGGUGAUCCGGUCCACGCUGAUCAACGUGCAGAAGGCCGUCAAAGGCCUGGUGGUCAUGUCGUCAGAGCUGGAGGAGGUCUUCAACUCCAUGUCGGUGGGCAAGGUGCCGGCGCUCUGGGGCAGCAAGUCCUACCCCAGCCUCAAGCCCCUAGGCGGCUACUUUACCGACCUUGUCACUAGGCUGAAGGUGCUGCAGGACUGGAUCGACAACGACACGCCCUCCGUGUUCUGGCUGUCGGGCUUCUUCUUCAUCCACUCUUUCCUCACGGGCAUCCUGCAGAACUACGCGCGCAAGAAGCACAUCUCUAUUGACCAGCUGGGCUUCAGAUAUGUGGUAACCCAGCACGAGGCGGACGCGCCGGAGAAGCCCGAGGACGGAGAGCUGGUCAAGCCGAGUGAGGAGUGCGGCGGAAUCUGGGGCCUGUUCCUGGAGGGCGCGCGCUGGGACCGCAAGGCCGGGCGACUGGCCGAGUCGCUGCCGAAGAUCCUGUUCGACACGCUGCCCAUCAUCUGGCUGCAGCCCGGCAUCAAGUCGGAGUUCAGCACCGCUGGCCUGUACGCCUGUCCGCUGUACAACACGUCGGCGCGGCGCGGCACGCUCUCCACCACGGGCCACUCCACCAACUUCGUGUUCUUCAUCACGCUGCCGUCGGCGGCGCCGCCCGCCCACUGGAUCAACAGAGGGGUGGCCGCCAUCUGUCAGCUGGACGACUAGCGCCGGACGCUGCCGUCGGCGGCUCGUCCGACGCGUGCUCCGUAGUGGGGCAAGAGGGGGAGGUGGCCGCGUCGGACUGACGCCAACUGACUUGCUCUGGAGGACGUCGUGCUCGUUAUCGGUGCGGGCUCAUGAGACCCAGCGUCCGAGCGAUUUGAGAGAUUCGACGCGAGAUUGGUGGAAAUUGCGCGUUGCGAGAGUUAGUCGAAAAUGAUUGUAAAUGUGUCUCCGUAAAUUGUCAGAUGGCGCGUUUUUUAAGUUGUAUUGGUGUACUUUGACGGUUACAGAAGAGCGCCUUUGAUGUCCGUCAUUAGAUAUUCUUUCCAAGCGGCUUGUUGAUGUGAUAACAAAGGACGUGGCAGCGGACCAGUGCAAUGGUC